AUGAGUAGAUCAACAAGAGACAUCGGCGGCAGACUGAAGAAGACGGGCGUGACCGAGAUCAAGCUCACAGGCAACUACAGCAGAGCAGAUAUCGAACGAAUCGCUCAGCGAGACAGCAACACGCUCCAGCGCUACGGUGCCAAUGCAAGGAUAGAGGUCGUGCUCGACUACGGCAAUCAUCAAUAUCGAUCAGGCAAGUUCACCAAGGGCAAGGCAGGAGGCUGCGACGGCGAGUGGAAUAACUGCCUCUAUUACUGCCUCCUCGAUGCCUAUCCCGAGCAGGUCACAGAGCACUUUGGCAAGCCAUCACGACUCAAGAUGUUCCUCGGCCUGGAUGUGAAACAGAAGGUGUCAAUCAAGUCGAUCCCAGAACUCGAGGACAGACUCAACAUCAGAAUCAAUGUCAAAGGUGAUCAUUGCUAUGCAUCCACCUCGAGAGCAACAAGAGAGGUCAACCUAAUACUAACAAAUGGUCAUUACAAACUAGACAAGGAAGGCACAUAUGUCGGCAAGGGCAUCAGAUUCACGCGAUACAACGAGAGGGAUGUCUACAUCACACCAAUCGCAUUCAAGUAUCUCAAGGGCGAUCAAGUCCAACUCUAUGAUGACGUUGAAUACACGACCAUCAGCCUGGAGGAGUUCAUCAACAGGAAGAAACGCAAGUAUCAAGGCAAAUGUGAGUACAUCCGUAUCCUCUCGGGUAUGACUCUCCAGGAGACAUUGGACUCGUUCAAGGCCGACGCCGACAUGCUCAAGGAACAUACUAACGGCGUCAUCGACAUGUACACAACAGGACAGAACAUCAACAAGGCUGCGAUCAAGUUGUUCCUCUCGUACAACAAGACGGUCAAACCAGAGCCCAUCGGUCAGAUGGAGGGCGAGUGGAUAAAGAAGUCAGCCCAUGGACCAUUGAUGAUGGCCAUUCAACAUAUAGGAGCUCUCUACAAGUAUGACGUCGCUAGGAUGUAUGCCUCCAUCUUGAGGAGCGGCGGCUUCAUGAUCCCAAUCAAGUGUGGCGAGUUCAAACAUCUGACCGACGAGGAGCUGAGCGCAAUGAAAUCCAUUCCAUUCGGUAUCUAUCGCGCCACGAUCAACGGCACCCAUGGCGCAUUCAAGAUCAACAAGAACGACUACUACACUCACUACGACCUCAUCUUUGCCAAGGAGCUAGGCCUAUCAUUCAACCUCAAAACUGGCAACAAGGCCAAUGCGCUGAAUUACGACAGCAACUGCAGGAAGUUUGGCUGCGAUCUGUUUGGCAAGUACAUCGAUCAGGUCCUCGGCUGGAUAGAUGCAUGUGAGCCCAAAUCUAGAUUAGAGGAGCUAUGCAAGUGUCUCUAUCAACGUCUCUGGGGCGCUCUCUCCAAGCGCAACAAGACCAAGCAGUGCGCCAACAUGAAGUGCGACGCAGAAGUGAUAGAGACCAGCGAUGGACAGAAAACGAUCAAGCACAUCGAGAUCAACGUCGACGAGGACUACUCAAUCGAUCGCAUCACUCCAACAUCAAAUGGUAGCGCGAUGAUCAAAUCAGCCUGCAACACCGACAUGUUUGACACACCAUUCGCUCGCAUCAUGCCCUUCAUCAUCUCUCGUGGACGCAAGAUGAUUGGGACGAUAAUAAAGGACGACAUUGAUUGCAUCAAGCGCCUGCACACUGAUGGGUUCGUCUCGACCAAGCCAUGGACAGAGAAGACAGGCAAGAAGUCACUGGACUACCCCAAGUUGGGCAAGGAGUGCGGGGACCUGCGAUAA